AUGGAGCUGCAGGGGGACCUCUCUUGGAAGAUCGAUAACAGAGACGACUCGACUGUUGUGAGACCACCGGAUAAGAUUGUUGUCUGUCACGUGAUUGCCACGUCAUCCGGAGAGAAUGAAAUAGGAAUCGCUACGACCUCGCCACGUCUGACGCUCGCUUUGCCGGGCCCGGGCGACCUGUCUUCCCUCCUGCUCGGGCCCCACCCUGCUAGGCGCCGCAGCCGCGGCACCACCCGCGAGUCCGCCGCCUUGAGCGUUGCCACCACCUCUGCCAUCGACGGCUUGCGCCAGGCGUCAGCCGCCACCUCUGCGACGGCUUUCGCAGCCUCUUCCUCCCUCUUCCCUUCCAGGGCCGCUAGCGGAUCCCACAGCUCCUGGAACCGCCCCUCGGCCACCAGCGGCGCGGCCCAGUCCACCGGCGACGGGGGACUGCGCUCCAUGUUGAUCGCCUCCUGUCGGCUGAGCACCUCGAGGAGGACAACCCCGAAGCUGUACCGUCUGAGUCGAACCCCUACAUUGAUCGCUCGCCCGCGGACAGCUCUUCCUCAUCGAAAAGUACGUCGGAGACUGUGAAGAGCGCGCUUAACAGAUGGGGCAAAAAGCUCGGGGAGUCGGCGAAGAAAGUUGAGGAUUUGUCUAAAAAUACAUGGCAGCAUUUUGCUGUUGAUAAUAUAGCUGAAUUAUUCUGCUAAUUUUUUAGUUAUUCUUUGCUUUGCUGUUUCCUUUUCUUAUGAAAUCUUGAUGGCCACUUCUAUUAAUCUCCAUUUCGACUUCAGUGAACACAGGACCUAGUUUUGUUGAAGCUACCAUGGGAUGAAUUGCUCAAGGAACCCAAGUGAUUGCAGAAGGUGGCUACGAGAAGAUAUUUUGACAAACUUUUGAUUCCCUUCCUGAAGAGCAGCUUAAAAAAUCCUAUGCCUGCUAUCUAUCAACAUCCACUGGUCCUGCCAUGGGAGUUCUAUACCUCUCUACUGCAAAGCUUGCAUUUAGUAGCGACAAUCCUCUUUCCUAUAAAGUUGCAGACAAAACUGAAUGGAGUUAUUAUAAGGUACGCCUGUUGAAGAUUAUCUGGCAUGUCAAUUUUCAGGUUUCCUGAUCAACAAAAAACUGAGUUUGUGCUUCUAAUGCAACUUGACAAUUUCUUCCAUGAAGAAUGAUAUGACGACUAUCAAGUGUUAAACUUGUUAUUUAGAAAUUAAACUACUACUUCCAUGUAUAAAUUGCCUCUCAUAUAUUUUUAGAUGUCUAGAAAACAACAGUUUAGUCUAAAAAAAUUCAACUAUAUUAGCAGAACUCCAUAAUCAUCAACUUUAGCAGAUAGAAUUAAGCAUUCAUGAUUCAA